AUGUACCCCUAAAAGACCCCAAAAAUGAGAUUUCCGGCAAACAUUGUGUGGCUUAUGUUAUGGACUAUUUGUGUAGCACAAGAUUGUAACGAACCUCCUCCAAGAAAACAAACAGAAAUUCUAUCAGGUUCCUGGACUGAACUAACAUAUACGGAGGGCACGCAAGCUACAUAUAAAUGCCGCCCUGGAUAUAGAACUCUUGGAACUAUUAUAAUGGAAUGCAGGAAGGGAGAAUGGGUGGCUCUUUAUCCAUCAAGGAUAUGUCGGAAAAAGCCCUGUGGACAUCCUGGGGAUACUCCAUUUGGUUCUUUCCAUCUUGCGGUAGGAGAUGAGUUUGCAUAUGGAGCAAAGGUUGUUUAUACAUGUGAUGAGGGGUAUCAGCUUCUAGGUACGAUUAAUUACCGUGAAUGUGAUGCAGAUGGAUGGACCAAUGAUAUUCCUUUAUGUGAAGUUGUUAAGUGUUUACCAGUGACAGAACCAGAGAAUGGGCGAGUUAUCAGUAGUGCGUUGGAACUGGACCAGGAAUAUACUUUUGGACAAGUGGUACAGUUUGAGUGUAAUUCAGGCUUCAUGCUUGACGGACCUAAAGAAAUACAUUGCUCAACAAAUGGUAUUUGGAGUGGAGAAAAACCGAGAUGUGUGGAAAUUUCCUGCAAAGUACCAUCAGUUUUAAAUGGAUAUUCUAUAUCUCAGAAGACAAUUUAUAAACAAAAUGAACGAUUUCAAUAUAAAUGCAAUCAGGGUUUUGAAUACAGUGAAAGAGGAGACGCUGCGUGCACUAAAUUUGGGUGGAGUCCAGUUCCUUCAUGUAAAGAGGUAACAUGUGAUCCUCCUUAUAUUCCAAAUGGUGUCUACACACCUGAAAGGAUUAAACACAGAACUGAAGAUGAAAUCAGAUACGAGUGUAAAAAUGGCUUUUAUCCUGCCACCCGAGGAAAUACGGCCAAAUGCACCAGUUCAGGCUGGGUACCUUCUCCAAGGUGUAGCUUGAAGCCUUGUGAUUUUCCAGAAAUAAAACAUGGACGUCUACAUUAUGAAGAUUAUUAUAAACCAUACUUUCCAGUACGUAUAGGACAACAUUACUACUAUUACUGUGAUCAAAAUUUUGUGACUCCUUCAGGACAUAAAGGGGGUCAUCUUUAUUGCAGACAAGAAGGAUGGUCACCAGCAGUACCCUGCCAAAGACAAUGUAUUUUCAAUUACUUGGAACACGGAAAUUAUCCAUAUUGGGGAAAAAAUUAUUUACAGGGUCAAUCUGUAAAAGUUGAAUGCCAUUCUGGCUACAGUUUUCCAGAUGAGCAGACAUCAAUGACAUGUACGGAGAAUGGCUGGUCCCCACCUCCCAGAUGCAUCCGUGUCAAAACAUGUUCAAAAUCAGAUAUAGAAAUUGCGAAUGGAUUUAUUUCUGAAUCUGACUUUACAUAUCCCUUAAAUAAACGAGCACGAUAUAAGUGUAAACCAGGAUAUGUAACAGCAGGUGGUAGAGCAUCAGGAUCAAUUACAUGUCUGCAUAGUGGAUGGUCAGCUCAGCCCACAUGCAUUAAAUCUUGUGAUAUGCCACUAUUUGAGAAGGCCAGAGCCAAAAGUGGUAGAACACAGUUUAAGCUCAAUGACACGUUGGACUACGUGUGCCGUGAUGGCUAUGAGAGCAGAGAUGGACGCACCACAGGUUCCAUAAUUUGUGGUAACGAUGGUUGGUCUGAUACACCCACAUGUUAUGAAAGAGAAUGCAGUAUUCCCCAAAUAGACGGCUUAUUAAAUGUUGACCCCAGGAGAAACACUUACAAAGUUGGAGAUGUACUGAAAUUCUCCUGCAGACAAAGACGUACAAGAGUUGGAGCAGAUUCAAUUCAGUGCUACCACUUUGGAUGGUCCCCUGAUUUUCCAAUAUGUAAAGAGCAUGUACAGCCAUGUGGUCCACCCCCUCCACUCCCCAAUGGAGAAGUUAAAGAAACACAGAAAGAGGAAUAUGGACACAGCGAAGAGGUGGAAUGUGUUUGCAAUCCUAGAUUUCUGUUGAAGGGUUCUAACAAAAUUCAGUGUGUUGAUGGAAAAUGGACAACCUUGCCUGUGUGUAUUGAGGAGGAGAGUACCUGUGGAGAUGUACCUGAGCUUGAUCACGGCGAUGUCCAGCCUUCUGCCCCUCCCUAUCACCAUGGAGAUUCAGUAGAGUUCAACUGCAGAGAAGCAUUUACAAUGAUUGGACGCAGAUCGGUUAUGUGUCUUCGUGGAACCUGGACCCAACUUCCUCAGUGCAUCGCAACAGAUGAACUUGAGAAGUGUAAGUUACCAAAGAUAUGGCCGCAUGAGACAAACCUAUCAGAUAAGAAUGAAUUUAAUCAUGGCGACAACAUAACUUACAAAUGUAAAGGAAAAUCCAAGCACUCAGUCUGUAUAAAUGGAAAAUGGGAUCCUGAAGCAAACUGUGCAGAAGUACAAUCAUGCCCACCUCCACCUCAGAUUCCCAAUGCUCAAGAUAUGACAACAACAGUGAAUUAUCGAGAUGGAGGAAAAAUAUCUGUUCUCUGUCAAGAAAAAUAUCUAAUUCAGGGAGAGGAAGAAAUUGUGUGCAAAGAUGGAAGAUGGGAGUCAGCACCACGCUGUGUGGAAAAAAUUCCAUGUUCUCAACCACCUGAUAUAGAACAUGGAACCAUUGAAUCACUUAACUCCUCGGAAGAAAGGAAAGAGAUAUUUGAACCCAAGCUUUAUCCACAUAACACCAGAUUAAGUUAUAUUUGUGAUGAUGGUUUCAGGAUAUCUGGAGAAGAUAGGAUAACAUGCCACUUGGGAAAAUGGAGUUCUCCACCUCAGUGUGUAGGAAUUCCUUGCGAACAGCCGCCUCCGAUCCCACACGGUGUUCAGUCUCACAAGUUACGCUGUUACCAAUAUGGAGAAGAAGUUAUGUACAGCUGUACCGAAGGUUUCGGGAUUGAUGGACCUGCAUCUAUAAAGUGUUUAGGAGGAAAAUGGUCCGAUCCUCCAGAAUGCAUAAGUAUAGUCAUUGAAACGGAUUGUUUUAGCUUACCCAGCUUUGAUGAUGCUAUAUUCAUAGGCAAGAAGAAGGAGUCAUAUAGGUCAGGAGAACAAGUGGCUUAUAAAUGUCCCAAAUAUUAGCAAUUGGAUGGAUCCAGUAUUGUCCAGUGUAUUAGCGGCAAAUGGAUAGGAAGGCCAACAUGCAGAGAUGUUUCCUGUGAGAAACCACCCAAAGUGGAAAAUGCUGUUAUACCAAAUGAGAUGCCUAGGUAUCCAUCAGGGGAGAGAGUACGUUAUGAAUGCAACAAACCUUUUGAUCUGUUUGGGGAAAUAGAAGUGACAUGUUUGAAUGGAACCUGGACAGACCCACCUCAGUGCAAAGACUCUAAAGGAAAAUGUGGGCCCCCUCCACCCAUUGACAAUGGAGACAUUACCUCAUUCCCAUUACCAGUGUAUGCGCCAGGAUCCUCAGUUGAGUACCAAUUAAGAGACAACCAGUUCAGCAGUUCCCGAUGUAGAAAAUUGUGUAGAUACACUAUUGCAGCUUUUGCCAGGUACCGAGAAAAGCCUGGUGACAAAGUGUCGGACAAGGUGGAAGCAUUUUCACAAAACUUGUUGUUUGUUAGCUGUUUUAUUGAAGACAACAAAUAG